AUGUCUGAACAGACCUCUUAUGUUUACGUUAAGUGUCUUAACCAUAAACAUAACCUAAGAUUUGUUGCUUACCAGUAUAUAUGCACCAGACCAAAUAUCCUUCAGCAGUUGCUCCACAUCUUCUUGCUUCCUCUGCUGCUUCUAUCAGUAGUGCUGCUGCAAGCUUGUACAUAUAACACACACUUACAACACAUAGAACUGCAAGUGAAACCAAACCUUUCCCCUUCAUUUAGGACAGAAGGAAUUUCAUCUAAAAGCAGUCGUGUAAAGUUCCUGUUUCUAAUCCAGUACUUGAGGGUUUUUAAAAUAAGUAAAUAA